UUUCUAUUUGUGGGUCGGGGCGCUACAUAAACCGCCACUGAAAUUUUUGUUAAAAGAAGCAUCCUUCUCCCUGUCUGGGAUUUAUUCGAAAUGGAAGACAAUAAAACCCUAAUAAAACAACAACCACAACCAGAGCUUGAACCCGACGAAUUCCGAGAAGAGUUCAAAUGCUGUGUUUGCCUGGAUCUUCUUUACAAGCCAGUUGUAUUAGGCUGCGGCCACAUUUCAUGUUUCUGGUGUGUCUUCAAUGCCAUGAAUGCUGCUCGUGAGUCCUAUUGUGCAGUUUGUCGGCGCCCAUAUAAUCAUUUUCCUAGUAUCUGUCAGUUGCUGCAUUUCUUACUCCAGAAGUUGUAUCCUGAAGCAUAUAAGCAACGGGAAAAACAAGUGAGAGAAGAAGAAAAGGAAUUUGGUUACUUCUCACCUCAAUUUGAUAAUCCAAUAUCUGGAUCACAUCCUACUGAAGAGUCAAAUAUUCUGGACAAUGUUCAGUCAGAGAACUCUGAAAGUUGUUCGUCUGGGGUAGGAGGAUCUCCUUCACUUGUAAAUUCACCAGAAACUAUGUUAGAUGAUGAAGCUAAUAGUAAAAGGCCUACAACAUCUUUAAAGAAUGUUGAAGCUACUGGAAAUGCAGCCAUCAAAGAAGACUGUUUGCAUGAUAAUGGUCCUGAAAAUGGAACUCACAAUAAGGUUUCUGUUUCUGAUCUACUGUGUGCUGCAUGCAAGAACCUGCUCUUUCAACCUGUUGUUCUCAAUUGUGGCCAUGUAUAUUGUAAAUCCUGUAUCAACAUCCCAGUUGAUGGAGUUUCUAGGUGUCAGAUUUGUCAAAGCAUGCAUCCGAACGGAUUCCCUAGUGUUUGCUUAAUUUUAGAACAUUUCUUGGAGGAGCAAUAUCCUGAAAUAUAUGCGCAGAGACGAUCAUCUUCAAUAAAACAAGCUGAUUUGCAUGCUCAUCAACGUGCCGGCCAGCCAGUGUCAACGCUUUCUGAUGAUUACUUAUCCGGCUGGUCUGGGGUCGGGCAGAAUGUUCAUUUUGCAAUUGGUUGUGAUUGCUGUGGGAUGUCUCCAAUUAUUGGGGAGAGGUACAAAUGUAAAGACUGCGUGGAGAAAAUGGGUUUUGACCUAUGUGGAGCAUGCUAUAAUGCUCCUUUUAAGAUCCCUGGACGAUUCAAUCAGCAACAUAAACCAGAGCACGUGCUUGAGCUUGUACCACCACGGAUAAUACAUGUGCCUCCCUACCAUUUAGAUGAAGAUGGUGCUGAAUUUCAGGAAGACCUAGAAAAUAUCCCUGCUGCUCCCAUUCCACAAGAUCUUGAGCUUGUACCACCAGAGAUAAUAGCUAUGCUUUCCUACCAGUCAGAUGAAGAUGGUGCCGAAUUUCAGGAAGACCUAGAAAAUAUCCCUGCUGCUCCCAUUCCGCAAGAUCCAGAAAAUGGCCCUAACAAUGUGCCAAAUGUUUAUCCUGCCUUUGUAAUGUCAGUUGAUAACUUAGAUCCAGAUGAUGAUUCUGAUGAUGGUGCUUCACCGGAUGUGAUUCAAGAAUGUGAAGGUACCAUCCAGCCUAGAAACUGACUAUUUUCAAAUUCUUGUUAGAUACAUUUACCCAAAACAACAAAUCAUGUGUCAAAUUUUUAUGGUUUGAUUUUGUUGAAUGAGAAAUGCAUGAAGAACUUAGGGUACUCUUCCUGUGAGGAUGAGGCUUUUCACUCCUAUCAAUAUUCAGCAAAUAGAUUAGAGAUACCAAUAGCCAACACCUUGUUUUUUUUUUUGUUUUUUUUUUUUUUCUUCUUUUGGGUAAAGAACAGUUGUAUUAUUCUUUUCAUGUUCACCAUUGUUGCAAAAUAAAGAGGUGAACUUUGUAGAUCUCAAAGGUACUUUGUCAUAUCAAUUGAUUGUAUUUGAUUAAAUUCCCUGCAUUAUAUUUUUUCGGUUGAUCAUGUCAUUGCACCAAUAUACUUGCAAUGCAAGGAAGUUCUAUAGUAUGCAAGUUUAUGAGAGUUGAUAAUAUCUGAUGUAACUUUUGGCAAGAGAUUUGUAACCAAGUUGUAACUUGUACACAUCAGAAUGUUGUGGCUUCAAUUA